AUGGCAGAUGCAACGAUGCCGGUAGCCAAGAGAGCCGCACCGCCACCGACACAGGCGACUUCCGCGCCCACGAAGAGACCACGACACGAAAGCGACGACCCCGGGGUCCAUGUCAUCUUUGUUGGUAUCAGCCAACACAAAGACAUCGGUGAAGAGGGCUACGACUGUAGAAUUCCCUGCGACCCAGCUGUUGGCUCAUUCGAAGCGGGCGACGUCCUAGGCGGUUUGACGCCUGAAAGACUGCAGCAACUGGAAGAUAGCCUAGGUCCUGGACUUGUCAGCAACAUCGGCCCCAGAAUGAAACAGAAAUAUGGUCUAAUCGAUUUGGCUGGUCGUAUCGCAAGAGUACAAAAGUCCAGACCAAAGCUCAUUGAGCCCUCCUGGAACGAACGCCUCGUCCUUCUUCAUCAGCAGGUUCUCGCGAUGCUUUGGGCCGAAAGAUCUCAGCGCAUGACUAUCGAAUACCGCACGCUUGAUUGGAUCAUGGGCCUCAUAGAAAAAGGAGGCAAUUCUCUCGCUAAUCAUUUGUGCGAUCACAAUCGGCCGGUUCUAUUCUACAUCCCACUUCACCCACGCGACUGGACCCUCCAUCCUGAAGUUCGUCAUCUUUAUGAAGCCAUAGAUGCACUCCAGCAUUUAUUCAACGACAUCAGCGUAUUUCCAGGAUACCAUGAGAGCUGGAAUUAUGGAUACAGAAUUGCCGAUAUCAGGGCAUUGGACUCUAUUGCUGUGAAAGACUCCACACCGGAAUCAUACCGUCACAGGCCGAAGACAUGCCUGGGCAUCGGAGACUGCAGACUGGAUGAAAUACAAGGGCCACAAUUCGUCAGGUUCGCGUUUAGCGAGCGCGAAGACUACAUACAUCAUAGCACAGCCCCCAACUAUAACAUGUUUAUUCAUAACCAGCCCUAUACGCAGGGAUCCGCCAUGAGAGUUAUUCACCAGCAGUGUUUUCCAUCGGUCUCCAAAUGGGGAUACCUACGCGUUUUUAUGUACACAACACGUCGACUCUUCGUCAUGAUUGCCACUUCGACUUUCGCGCCGAUGGUUUUCGACAACAUCCAGAUCCGGAUCAAGUGA